AUGACAUUCGUUACUACACCUGGAACGCAAUCUCUCAUGAUGACUUCCGUAACUAUAAAAGAUUUUUAUGCGAUUAUGUCAGUUCACAAAUGGACAUAUACAAAUUUAGUGAAUUAUUAUCACAAGGAAAAUAUAUUCAAACUAUCAAAAGUUCUUGACAGCGUAAAAAAAGAUCUUCAGAAGGUAGCAGAUAUAGAGUUUGGAUUCAAUAUAAAAUGUAAAAUGGAAGUUCAAGAACUACUUAAUCAUUGGAAA